AUGAAAGACGUUGUGAUUGAUGAUGAUGUUGGUAAUGCAGACUCCAUAAUGGAUAGUGAUGAUGGACGCAGAACGUUUAUGGUGAAUGCAGUUACUAACCAUCAUACUCCAGCUAUGUUUCAAGAAACUGAUGUUCCAGUUCUUUCUCUUGAUGAUGAUGAUGAUGAUCUCAAGAUUGAUGAGGACUACAAGCUGCACCUUGACCAUCUUAGUGAUGAUAACAGUUUAGUCCCUCCCUCUGAAGACGACAGUAAAGAAUCUGAAACUCGUAGACUCAGAUUCAACAUGGUUACUAAUGAUGCAAACAGAUCAAAGAGAAAGAUAGCUGAGUUAGAGGCUGCAAGGGAUGUUCCUUUAGCUAGUAACAUGUCAGAAGAGUCAACAGAGGAUGAUGAGACUUUAUGGGAUGUUCCAUUGCUUAGAACCCUAGAAGUCAUCAAACGUGACAACGAAGCUAGGAAGCUGGCAGAGUCAACUUCAUGGGAUGUUCCAUUGGUUAGAGCCCAAGAAGCCAUACAAAGAGACAACAAAGCUAGAAAAAUGUCAGAGACUUUAUGGGAUGUUCCCUUGGUUAGAGCUCAAGAAGUCAUCCAACGAGGCAACAAAGCUAGGAGAUUUUUGGAGUCAAAGGUUGAUGACACUUUACGUGAUGUUCCAUUGGUUAGAACCAAAGAAGUGAAGGCUCUUCCUGUGAAGCGAGUACAUAGAGUUACAGAGCCUUCAAUGACACAAAGAAACAAAAGAGUUUGUGUAGGGACAAGGAAGAAGAGUGUGGAAGAAGUUGUGGAUAAGGACUACAUGAGUUACCUCACAUGGCUUGUAGACUCUUUUGAACAUCCCACAACUGUUGUCCCUGAAAAGGAUCUAUCAGCAAAAGUAAAGGUUGAGAUUGAUUCUUGGUGUUCUGAUGAUGAUGAUGAUGAUAUAAUUGAGGUUAGUGAUACUCCAUUCACAGAUGGAGAGAGCACACCUUUCGUGGUAUCCAAGAACAAGGAAGUGAUUGAUCUUGAGAAAGAUGAUAGUACUGAUGAUGAAAGUGGUAGUAGUAGUGCGUUUAGAAGGGAGCUAAUAGAUGUUCUUGAGAAACCAUACGAUGCAGGAGAGCUGUUGUUGUUGUCUAGUCAGGCAUCGAUGAAGAAACCAGUGAGUAGAUGUAGAGAGCUGAGAAAGGGAAGAGAGAGUAGCUAUGAGACUUCUGAGCUGGGACUGUCUUAUCUGGAGAAGGUCUGUGAUUUCGAUAGAGAAUACAAGCUUGCGGAUGGUGAUGAUAAGGCGCGGUUGGAGUUGCUGCGUGGUUUUUUCUUUUACUUGGAGAAUAUUUCUCUUCCUGGUGCUUUCAAGCCUUGGUUGCCAGAGAACAUGAAGAAGCUAGGUUCGAAGAAAGCAAUGCUUGCAACCAUAGGAAGAUGUUAG